AUGGUGGCCUCUUCAUAUGGUCUUUCCAUGUUCACGCAAACCCGGUAUGACCUACACGACCGUAAAGUGAAGACGGUGUCGAAGGAGCAGGAGCUGAAUCUAAAGGCGAACAGGAAGAAGUUUGACAUUCGGGAGGAGUACUUCCGUUUGAGCGCUGCGGCAGAUGAAGAAUGGGAACCCAAGCGCAUACAACGGCCCAAGGGACUACCAGAGUGGGGUGUUCCACCGACAGAGCCUCCAGUGAAGAGCUCGUCGUGA